GAGUUGCCCGCGACGCUUGUCUGCGAGCUCGAUCCCUCAGAUACGCUGCUGGUUUACGGCGUGCCGUAACACGACACGUUUGGAGGGACCGCCGCUGCUUCAAAGUGUGCCUGGUGCUCUGUGAACUCUGGAUACUGUGCUUUUAGUGUUGUGACGAUGUAUAUGUGCUGAUUUCUCCUGUUCCUGUCUAUCGCCUUUAGGAUUUUUCUGACAACGCACUCAGUUCCGGAUCAGCUCAGCCGAUCAACGUGAUGAAAGUAGUGAGUCUGCAAUUGCCGUCGGGGCCUAGUAUGGAGCGGCUACCGCUGCCAUUCAGCCCAACGGAACUUUUAUGGCGGUACCCACUACCUUGGGCGCCGCCGCCACCGUCACCCCUCGGUGACACGAAGGCACAACUACCCGCCGGCCUUCCCCCAGAACCAAGAUUAUGGACACGUGAAGAUGUGGCAGUUUUUUUGAAAUGGUGUGAAAGGGAAUUCGAUUUGCCCAAUUUUGAUAUGGAUCUCUUCCAAAUGAAUGGAAAGGCGCUAUGCCUCUUAACCAAAACUGAUUUGGGUGAACGUUGCCCAGGCGCCGGCGAUGUUUUACACAACGUUCUACAAAUGCUAGUACGCGACGCUGCGCUGUUGGGAAGAGUACCUUCAUCCCCGGUGACACCCACCGCCCGCGCCGCGCCUUACCCGCCAUCGCCCCACAGCCACCCCCCCACACCCACCUGGGCCGUCGACAGUUUCCAUCACUUCCACAGUGCUGCGGCAGCUGCCGCGCAACCUAACUCCGUGACUUUGAGCCCAGCGCCCUCAAUCGACAGUUCUGGAAGUCCACAGAGGGGAGAAACGCUCGGUUAUGCGUCGGCGUAUGCUCCUCCUGUACCCGUGUCAGCCCAAGCGGCGAGUUCUGGUAGCAACCAUUCUGACUCAGAUGAAGAGAAUCAUUUCGCGCCCCCACCACGUUCGCCGAAGGAGACUUCAUUACAGAGUCCCGCGCCGCAAACGCACUCAGCGCCGCAACACACGCACUACCGGGCACAACAUCGGGAAUUCUUCCCGAAUGAUAUGCCCGAAUCAAAUACAAAUGGAAGACUAUUGUGGGAUUUCCUUCAACAAUUACUCAAUGAUCCUACCCAACGAUACACAAAUUACAUCGCGUGGAAAAACCGCGACACCGGAGUUUUCAAGAUAGUGGAUCCGGCGGGACUCGCCAAACUGUGGGGAAUCCAGAAGAACCAUCUUUCAAUGAACUACGAUAAGAUGUCACGUGCGCUCAGAUAUUACUACCGCGUCAACAUUUUACGGAAAGUGCAAGGAGAGCGUCACUGUUACCAAUUUCUACGGAACCCGACGGAACUUAAGAACAUAAAGAACAUCUCGCUGCUGAGACAGCAAAUGAGUCCGACGCGGGUGGCGCCACAGCCCGUAGUGAAAACUGAAAUGAAAGAAGAACGUUGCGAGGAUGAGCACGUGGAGGAAGACAUGCCUACAGAUCUGAGUAUGGCCGCGUCGGAGCCUUGGCGGAAGCGCGCGCGCUCCGACAACCCGCCGCCGCCCGCCUCGCACGACAAGCACCGCAUCAGCGCCCUCAUCGGAGACAAUAUGAUGCUCAAACGUGAAUCUGAAUACAACCCCGAACAUUACGCUCUUAAUUUAAAAAGUGAAAAAUGUGAACAAUGAUUUACGCUCGAGUAUAUCGUGGGACACGACAGUGCGAAACGUUUUACGUGAAUAAUUUAUGUGUAAACAACUCCACCCUAAAGCCUCUAGUCGAAUUCCUCUCAGAAAGGAUAUUUUAUUAGUCUUCCUAUUAUUAUCAUGUUAUACAUGAGAAAUAGUAAAUUUUUAUGAAAAAUCAAUCACUGAGAGUACUUUGACAGGUUCGGUCUUUGGAGUUAUACAGGGUAUGGACCUCAAUGCCUUUGUGCCAAGUGAUUUUAUCAAAUAGUGUCAAUUAAAACGUAGCUAGCAAAAGGGACGAAAAUUUAUAUGUGUUAGAGUUAGAGAGUAAUUUAAUGUGUGCAAUGGACUAUUCACAUUGGACAGCUGACUGCAAUCUCGCCGCAACUAAGGAGAUGUGAUGUUGCCAAAACUCGAUGUCGACGUGUGCGUACCAAUACGCAUCCGUCUUUGCAUUUUUUUGUAAUUUAAUUAGUUUUAUGUAUGAUUUUAUUUUUGUUUUGAAAAUUGCUAUGGAGAGUACAUAAAUGAGUUAACUGUUUCAAAAAUUUAUCACCACAUUGUUGUCUUCCAUUGAAUAUUUUUGGCAAACAUUUCAAUUGUAGCUUGUGAAAGAUUUUAUUAUAAGUGCUACCACAUCAUUAUUUGGCAACUAUAAAGGAAUCAUGAAAUAAUAUUUUGGAUUCUCUUAAAAGACAAUAACUAUGAAUAUCGUAAUACCUAAUUAUUGCCUUGAAAUAAUUCAUAAAGGACUCCACUGUGAUAAAAUAUAAAGUGGUAGACAUGUAGAAUAUGCUAGGGCUUUUACUCAAUUAUUUCCAGCUACAAUUUUCUGUGAUCUCUUUUAUCAAUAUAGGUAAAUGUCAUAGAGUAAAAAUAUUGUGUUUGUAAAUAUUAGUCUUGUAAAUUUUAGGUUAAGGAACCUACUAAAGAGAGUAUGUAUGAUUUGUAAAACAAAAAGUGGAGCUUUAUCAAAGUACCUAGAUAUGAGUAAGUACUAUAACAACUGAAUUUGUAUUUUUUACAUUUAUUUCUACUUGGCAUUUCAUUGCCAUCAUUUCCAUCUAGUACACAAUCGAAACAUGUUUCGAAAAAUAUUGUGUCAUUUGAUUAUAAUAACUUA